CACACACCGGACUCAUAACAAGAGGAGAGGAACAGGAACUGCUUGCAGACCCAGUACAGUUGUGCACAACUUCAGACCAAAUGCAAUCUUUCACAAGAUGAGAGCACAACGGAAGUAAUGGGUUAAAGAUUUCCGUCCACCGUGCUAACACAGGAAAAUGAAUCGUCUAUAGCCAGUUACACUUCAGACAGACCAGGAUACUGUGGAUAUCAUCAAGCUUUUGCUCCUUUCUUGGAGUUUCUCGGGAGGUUUCUUGCUGUUUGACAGCCACCAUGCUUCCUUUCCUCACAAAGAGCGUCCCCCUAAUCUUCCACCUCUUCCUAAAUCUCAGUUUGUGUCUAAUGGGCUGGACACACGCCCUGAAGGGAGACAACUGCCCGAGCUCUCAGUGGAACGUGAUGUGUCGCCCGUGUUGUGAGUACCACCUGAUCCAGUGUCGGUGUCCAUCAAAAGGCACAAGGGUAGGCUACACUGUUCCCUGCUGCCGCAAUGUCCUGGAUGAAUGUGACCCCUGUAUUGUUCAUCCAGGCUGCAGUCUAUUUGAGAAUUGUAAAACCUGCAACAAUGGAACAUGGAGAGCUAAUGAUGACUUCUUCGUGAAUGGGAAGUAUUGUACUGAGUGCCGUCAAGGCUGGAGUGGAGGGGAUUGUAAAACAUGUGGAGGCAUCAUUCAGCGAGCUCAGGGUCACAUAGCCCUGGAGAGUUACCCAACAAAUGCUCGAUGUGAAUGGAUAGUGCAAAUGGAGAAGGGGAGCAGUAUCCAGCUCAGAUUUUCACUGCUGAGUUUGGAGUCUGACCACAGCUGUCGUUACGAUUACGUCGAGGUCCGUGAUGGUGACAGCCUGACUUCUCCUGUGAUUGGUCGGUUUUGUGGGGAUCAGUUACCUCCUCCAAUAAAAAGCUCCGGGAACUUCCUACACAUUCUCUUCACCUCUGAUGGCUAUAAUAACUUUGAUGGCUUUGUUCUUACAUUUCAGAAAAUUUCAGGUAGGUAUUAAUCAUAAGCAAUGUGAAUGCAUACACACUGCCGCAGGACAGACAAUAUAACACAAACACUUAACAUUAUAAUGCAGCGUAAUACAAUUGGUCACAAUAAUGUUUUAAAGCCUGUCCAUGGAGGCAGACUGGAUUUAUAUUGGAUUACAUUACAUUACGAUACGUGGCCUUUUAUUUUGUUAUCACGGUAUAUGAGUCAGCGUAUGCUCUGUGUGAAGGGUUUUUUUCCUCUAUGUAAUCCACAUACAAAACAAACAAUACAAACAAUACAAAUGUGUUAGGCUCAGUGUGCACACAGGCAGUUAACAAAUUAGAGAAAAAGCAUUUUUUAUUAUAAUUAGAGGGAAGAGUUACUGCAGACCUGUACAAAGCUGUUAGGACUGAUAGCGUCUAUUUUAUGAUAUACAUAUAACAAAUACAUGACACUAUUCAUGUAUUUUGUUUCUAUGCAGCACAUUUUGUCGACGUACCUUUACUUUCACUCUUCAUCUGUGUCUGUGCAGCCUCCUUCAUAGGGCAGUGAUGUGAGACGGACAGUCAAUGACACAGAUUUAUCAUACCUGCUCCUCUCUGCCCCAUUUACCGCCUUUAAAGCAAAUCAUGCAUCUAACUUCAGUCCCAUUUAUACAGUCUUUUCCCUCAUUGGGCAUCAACUGUGGUUUCCUAAUCCCAACAUAUCAAAGCACCACGGCAUGAAUGAGAGUUAUGGCAGUCUUCAGUAAUAAUUCUGUUAGAAAAAAAUAGAGGGAAGUAUCCAGAGAAUGAUUUAAGAUUUUUUUUUCAUGUAUGCAGAAGAUGCCCUAUUAUUAGUAAUAAUCUCUAGUGCAACAUUGAGCUUCAUAGUCCUACAAGAUCUAUCUAUCUAUCUAUUAGGGGUGCAACGAUACACAAAAU